AGUCAAAAGACAUGGAUAUAAAAACAACUAAAGCAAUCAAUAAUGCUUUUAAACACAAACAAAAGAGCACUCUAAGAAAUGAGCCAACAAGGAAGACUCAAAGAAAGGAAAUAAAAAGGCAUCUUAUUAGCACUGAUAUAAAGCAUAAAAUAUCAAAACCUAAUAUAAACGUAACAGUCAAACUGGAUGACUCUUGCGAUAGCUUUGAACGUGACAGCACAAAAGUCACCGAACUCGAAGCUGACAUGUACUCCUCUGGUAAGAGUCAGAGGAUCCAAAGGAACAAAUCCAAACAGAUCCAGGAAGGCAUAAAAACCGCUACAAUAUCUCUGAGAGAUAAAAUGGAAGGUUUUGAUAACUCUGUAAAAAGAGAUAAGAAGGAGAGAAAGCUUCGUGACCAUUUUUACUCCUCAAGGAAAGAUUAUAAGAAUCUGUCCUCCAUUCUGAGACAGAUCAAGGAGACUCCUAAGCACAUGGUAGAUUAUAAGCACAGCUUAGAGCAGACUAUGUUUAAGAAGAAGCUAGGACUUGAGAGGAUAGACAAGUUCCAGUCUACGCUUCUUCAAGCAAGCGUUGACCAGAAAGGAACUACCUUACCAAAAUUAAGAGAGAAAUCUUUUGGAGACACACCCUCUUCAGAAAACAGGAUCUCUUACCAAUCUGAUAAAGGAGUCAAAGAAAAAUUAGGAAGAAGUCAGAAAGCAUCAACAUUGAAUGCAGAUAUACUUCAAAAUAUGCAGAAGAAGAACCGGACUAAAUUUAGUGAUUUAAAACAAGAUGGUAUUAAAGAUAAAAAUUCUCAAAGCUUCCGUCAUGCUAAAAGUACUACAACUCGAACAUUGAAUAAAAAGAUGAGAAAGAGGUACAAACUGAAACCAUUGGAUACAUCUGUUCAAGUUUCAGAAGUUGGGAUACAAAAAUCUCCCCUUCAAGCUCACUUAAAACAGCUCUCAAGUAUUAUUGGUGAAGAUUACAAUACUGAUUUUAAAACGCCUUGUGAACCAUCAAGCUCUAUAACCGCUCGCCCAAGGAUGAACUUUGAGAAGCUUAAUGACUUAUUUAAGAAGAAGUCUGCAGAGGAUUCUAGAGCUAGAAGAUCCUCAAUAAAAAGCGUGAAGCCAGAGAAUAUUGUGACUCCAUCAGGCAGAAAUCCAGUAAAUAUUACAAAAAGUUCGAGUAAUAUAUCCCAGCUUGAAAUUUCGGAAGAAAAGGAAGAAUUGGAUGAAGAUAAGAUAGAUGAUAUCAACUUCAUGAACAUCCUCAUGUACAUCAACGGGGAGGAAAAAGGCAUCAACGUGGCGAAUGAUGCACAAUUCCAGGAAAUUUGUAAUCUCAUGGAUGAAUACUACGGUCUCAGCGAAAGAAAAAUCUUAAAUAAGUAUGAGAUUUGGAAGAAAUAUAUCAGAAAUCUUCAGAUGAAGAAGAACUUUGAAGAACGUUCGAGUCAAGGAGCUGCCCUCAGCUUCAAAGCAGAGGGAAAAGAAAGUAAAAAUGAGAUGAUGAACAGGUACUCUGCUUACCUUAGUAAAAAGUGGUUUUCAAAUGCAGAUCCGUUCUUAAAAGCGAAGUAUAAGAAAUUCUUCGAAGAAAGCGAAGUUAAAUGGGGACCAAAUAUGGUAUUUAAAAGAUUAGCUAAAGAGACAGAUAAACUUAAUAAGAUCAAAGGCCUCGUAGAGAAGAGACUUGAUAAGGAAACCCUCUAUGUUAAUAAUAGGAUUAAGGUAAAUAGCAUAAACCAAGAAAGAAAGAAUAUUUCAUCUGAAAAGACUUCUGAUGGUGAAGAUUUCGAAAUUUACAUCAACAAGCCUCAUAGCGACACAUGAAAAUACUGAAGACUAAACCAAUCCCACACACAUCACAAGAAGACAAAUUCAGACCUUCCUCUCCCCAAACCCUCCAAAACCCAAUCCCAAAAUCCUUCAAUUCCAACCCCCUCUUCACCCACCUCCUCCCAAGCACCCCCUUCCACCCCUCCUCACCAAAACGAGGGCUUAAAAAUGCUCCACCACAAACUCUCCCUCAGAUUCUCCACCUAAUCCCCCAUCCACUACCAGAAGCACCCUUCUGCUUCCCUACUCUAGUACAGUCCAUUAAAUAAUUCA